GAUUGGCCAGCAUCGAGAGACUUUCUUCAUACACGGCACGACGACGGAAAUCGCCUUGUACUGUUCACUUGACUCCGUGGUGCAGGAAAUUUGUGGUGUGUUUUUCGUGAAUUAAUAUCGGCGGAAAAUUAUUCUGAUCCAAGAUGUCUGAUAAGCCGAAGCGUCCUCUGUCUGCUUACAUGCUGUGGCUCAACGAGAACCGUGAGACCAUCAAGAAGGAGCAUCCGGGCAUUAAGGUGACCGAGAUCGCCAAGAAGGGUGGUGAGCUAUGGCGCAACAUGAAGGACAAGAGCGAGUGGGAGGCCAAGGCUGCCAAACAGAAGGAUGAGUACACGAAGCUCAUCAAGGAGUACGAGGCCAAUGGCGGAUCCACUGAGUCGGCUGGCAAAAAGCGCGGCAAGAGCUCAAAGAAGCCAGCCAAGAAGAGCAAAAAGAAGGAGUCCGAGGAAGAGGAGUCCGGUGAUGAUGAGAGCGAUUAAACUGAAGGACCUCUCUUCGCGCGACUCCCCCUUUUGGAUCAAUCUAUUUUAAAUAUUUAUUGACUUGGAGGCUUCUCGUAUCAUCUUUUUUUGUCUUAAGUUCUCUUCCCAUUUAGAAACAGGAAACUGUUCAUGAAUUGCGCAUCCUUGGAAAAUUGUAUUACAAAGAAAAGAAAGAUGAAGAAAAAAAAUAUGAAAUAGAUUGACAAAAGCUAAAGUCUGCCAAAUUUUUGAUAUGAAAUGAUUGAGAAAAACAUUCAGUGUAGUUCAACAACAGCAACAGCAUUCAAAGAGAAGCCUCAUUUUACAACAUACUGAAGGAUAAUUCUUUUAGACGUAAAUAAUCCCCCUUUUUAUAUAAUGUAAUUUCUUUUUGGAAGAAUUCACGAUCAACAAAUUCAUGGAUAAUCCCCUUAUUAGGUUCAUUUAGUAGCAAGAAAACAUUUCAUAUUGACUCGUGUACAGAGUACAGAAAUAAAAGUAAGUGAAAAAAGAUGGAAUAAAAAGGUAUAAUCUAUCAAUUUGUUGCGUCGAUCUUGAAAAUUCUAGUAAGAAAUACGUGUUCAUUCAAUUGCUACAAAUUACAUAAACAGAAAAGAGUAAGAUCCUACCUCUCUUUCGAGAAAAUAUAAACAAAAGAAAUGAGAAAUAAAUGUGUAAAGCGUAAUUUAUGUUUUGUCACAAGAUAAACUCAUCCCCUAAAUGCAUUAGUUUAAUGAAUGAAGAAAAAAAAAUCACAGGACUUCAGAGGAUUUGUGUAAAACGAAAGGACAGGAAACUUUUCUGUACCUGGUAUUUAGAAAUUAGGAUAUAAUUUUGUGUUUUUGCUCUAUAGUUUGUAUAAUUCAUAAAGAAAUAGUCGUUUAGUUCUUUCUUUCUGCAAUAAAGUAAGAUCAUUCCCUCAAAAACUUGGUGUUCCCUCGUCACAUAAACUCUGGAAGUCAGGAGAGCGAGUAAUAGCACAGAUUUUUCUUUGUAUGAAAAUUAAUUGAAUAAAUGGAGAUUUAUUACAAAUAGAAAAAAAA